CCUGGGAGGUGGACGGAGGUUGCGGUAAGCUGAGAUCUUGCCACUGCGCUCCAGCCUGGGCGAUAGAGAAAGACUCGAAGACCUUUUGCUGAAUUGAAGCCUCUUGGUAAACCUAUGAUGUCUCAUUUAAUAGAUGGGCAAACUGAGGCUCAGAGAAAUAAAUCAGGCACAUAAGGAGUCCUUGUCCAAGCAAGCCAUGGGUUGAAGCCUGGGCUCUGCCAGUCCAGGUGAAACCAAAGCAUCUCCAGAAAUUGCUGGUGGUGUGUUACAUCAGCAGAUGAGUUGGGUAAUGUCAUUCCUCAACCUGGAGUCAGCGGCAUCUUGCAGACUCCACCAAAGAGGAAGUCCGCACCUAGCUCCCUGAGGCCUGCUUGCAAGAAUGAGGAAGGAGCGGUUCUGCUUUCAGGUGGAAGUGUUCACCAGCUAAGUGCUGGGCUGCCCACAAGACAAACAGCCCCCUGGGCCUGGGACACAUGCUUCAGUGCCCCUGGUAGCAUGGCAGGACAUGCAGUGCAACUCAACAAGCUCCCAAAACCAUGAGAGGCUGGGAAAAGCGCUCCCUGGCCCAGUUCUAAUGUUUCCCAAUAAGGAGCUGCCCGGGCAGACACAGGGGGCCCCGCCCAUCCUGAGAGGCUGGUCCUGGCUUGUAGACACAACUGCUUGGAGAGUCUCUGCAUCCUGGCUCUGCAGACAGUCUCUAGGUGACGGGCUGGCGGAGUGCCCGUGUGUAGUAUGGGCGUAUACCUGCUGCAGCACCAGCUAAUCUGGACCUGUGCCCCUGGUCCGCCUAUCGAUGUCAUGUGGCCCAUCUGAAUAUGUGACUCUGAGUCUGGUCUACCCAGGCCUGGUUUGAGCCUACCCCCUGGCCACACCCCUUGUGAGUUUCCUCUGGGUGACAUUUCCUUCCCACUCUUGUUGACUGGGGGCUGUUCUUGCCGGUCGGUGCCCCAGGGCCAGGAGAGGUCUGACGAGACCUGGGAGCCAGUAGCCCUGGGCUCCGCUUUUGGGUUCUAAAAGCCCGUUCCUUGCUCUGCGGCUCCUCCUACCCCACCUCUUCUCAGCCUUGCAGCUCAACAGUUGAUCUCAGGAGUCCAGGACCCAGGAGAGGGAAGAAUCUGAGGAACACAGAACAGUGAGCGUUGCCCACACCCCAUCCCCUGUCACCACAUCUCCCCUCCCCCUCCCCCUCCCUGCCUGGUCCUGGGCCCCAUCCCAGCACCUCCCUGUCAGCUGACUUCUUCCAGGGUCUCGCAGGCCCCUCUGGGCUCCUCCCUCCCCUGGCUUUUCCUGCCACUGCCCCUCCAUCGGCAUCUAUCUGCAGGUGCCCUGGGAUUUAUAAAACUGGGUUCUGAAUGCUGAAUAGGAGAUGGUAAGAGCAAGGCAAAGGACAGCACUGUUCUCUGCCUGCCUGAUACACUCACCACCCGUGAACCAUCCCCCAGACACGCCCUGAACUCUGGGACAGAGAUGGCUGGCGGAGCCUGGGGCCGCCUGGCCUGUUACUUGGAGCUCCUGAAGAAGGAGGAGCUGAAGGAGUUCCAGCUUCUGUUCACCAGUAAAGUGCACUCCAGCGGCUCUUCGGGUGAGACACCCGCUCGGCCGGAGAAGACGAGUGGCAUGGAAGUGGCCUCAUACCUGGUGGCUCAGUAUGGGGAGCAGCGGGCCUGGGACCUAGCCCUCCGUACCUGGGAGCAGAUGGGGCUGUGGUCACUGUGCACCCAAGCCCAGGAAGGGGCAGGCUACUCUCCCUCAUUCCCCUACAGCCCGAUUGAACCCCACCUGGGGUCUCCCAGCCAACCCACCUCCACCGCAGUGCUGAGGCCCUGGAACCGUGAAUUGCCAGCGGAGUGCACCCAGGGCUCAGAGAGAAGGGUUUUGAGACAGCUGCCUGACACAUCUGGACGCCGCUGGAGAGAAAUCUCUUCCUCAUUCCUCUACCAAGCUCUUCCAAGCUCCCCAGACUUGGAGUCUCCGAGCCAGGAGUCGCCCAAUGCCCCCACAUCCACAGCAGUGCUGGCGAGCUGGAGAUCCCCACCUCAGCCCAGCCUAGCACCCAGAGAGCAGGAGGCUCCUGGGACCCAGUGGCCUCUGGAUGAAACGUCAGGAAAUUACUACACAGGAAUCAGAGAAAAAGAGAGAGAGGAAUCAGAGAAAGGCAGGCCUCCAUGGGAGGCAGCAGUAGGAACGCCCCCACAGGUGCACGCCAGCCUACAGCCCCCCCGCCACCCAUGGGAGCCUUCUGCGAGAGAGAGCCUCUGUUCCACAUGGUCCUGGAAUAAUGAGGAUUUGAACCAAAAUUUCACACAGCUGCUACUUCUACAAAGACCUCACCCCAGAAGCCAGAAGCCGCUGGUCAAGGGAAGCUGGCCUCAUGAUGUGGAGGAGGAUGUGGAGGAGGAUCGAGGACGUUUAAUUGAGAUCAGAGACUUAUUUGGCCCAGGCCUGGAUCCCCAAGAACCUCACAUAGUCAUACUGCAGGGGGCUGCUGGAAUUGGGAAGUCAACACUGGCCAGGCAGGUGAGGGAAGCCUGGGGGAGAGGCCAGCUGUAUGGGGACCGCUUCCAGCAUGUCUUCUACUUCAGCUGCAGAGAUCUGGCCCAGUGCAAGGUGGUGAGUCUCGCUGAACUCAUCGGAAAAGACUGGACAGCCGCUCAGGCUCCCAUUAGACAGAUCCUGUCCAGGCCAGAGCGGCUGCUCUUCAUCCUCGACGGUGUGGAUGAGCCAAGAUGGGUCUUGCAGGAGCCGAGUUCCGAGCUUUGUCUGCACUGGAGCCAGCCGCAGCCGGCGGACGCACUGCUGGGCAGUUUGCUGGGGAAAACCAUACUUCCCGAGGCAUCCUUCCUGAUCACGGCUCGGACCACAGCUCUGCAGAACCUCAUUCCUUCUUUGGAGCAGGCACGCUGGGUAGAGGUCCUGGGAUUCUCUGAGUCCAGCAGGAGGGAAUAUUUCUACAAAUAUUUCACAGAUGAAAGGCAAGCAAUUAGAGCCUUUGGGUUGAUCAAAUCAAACAAAGAGCUCUGGGCCCUAUGUCUCGUGCCCUGGGUGUCCUGGCUGGCCUGCACCUGCCUGAUGGAGCAGAUGAAGCGGAAGGAAGAACUCACACUGACCUCCAAGACCACCACGACCCUCUGUCUGCAUUACCUUUCCCAGGCUCUCCAAGCUCAGCCGUUGGGGCCCCAGCUCGGGGACGUCUGCUCUCUGGCUGCUGAGGGCAUCUGGCAAAAAAAGACCCUUUUCAGUCGAGAUGACCUCAGGAAGCAUGAGUUAGAUGGGGCCAUCAUCUCCACCCUCUUAAAGAUGGGUAUUCUUCAAGAGCACCCCAUCCCUCUGAGCUACAGCUUCAUUCACCUCUGUUUCCAGGAGUUCUUUGCAGCAAUGUCCUAUGCCUUGGAGGAUAAGAAGGGGAGAGGUAAACAUGCUAAUUGCAUCAUAGAUUUGGAAAAGUUGCUAGAAGCAUAUGGAACACAUGGCCUGUUUGGGGCACCAACCACACGUUUCCUAUUGGGCCUGUUAAGUGAUGAGGGGGAGAGAGCGAUGGAGAACAUCUUUAACUGCCGGCGGUCUCAGGGGAGGAACCUGAUGCAGUGGGUCCCGUGCCUGCGGCCCCUGCUGCAGCCACACUCUCUGGAUUUCCUCCACUGUUUGUACGAGACUCAGAACAAAAUGUUCCUGACACACAUGAUGGCCGAUUUCCAAGAAAUGGGCAUGUGUGUGGAAACAGACAUGGAGCUCCUGGUGUGCACUUUCUGCAUUCAAUUCUGCUGCCACGUGAAGAAGCUUCAACUGAUUGAGGGCAGGCAGCACAGACCAGCAUGGAGCCCCACUGGGAUAGUCCUGUUCAGGUGGGUCCCAGUCACGGAUGCCUACUGGGAGAUUCUCUUCUCCAUCCUCAAGGUCACCAGAAACCUGAAAGAGCUGGACCUAAGUGGAAACUCGCUGAGCCACUCUGCAGUGAAGAGUCUUUGUAAGACCCUGAGACGCCCUCGCUGCCUCCUGGAGACCCUGCGGUUGGCCAGCUGUGGUCUCACAGCUCAGGACUGCAAGGACCUGGCCUCUGGGCUGAGAGGCAACCAGAACCUGACCGUGCUGGACCUGAGCUUCAAUGUGCUCACGGAUGCUGGAGCCCGACACCUUUGCCAGAGACUGAGUUGGACGUGCUGCAUGCUACAGCGACUGCGGCUGGGCAGCUGUGGCCUCACAUCUGGGUGCUGCCAGGACCUGGCCUCUGUGCUCAGCGCCAGCCCCUUCCUGAUGGAGCUAGACCUGCAGCAGAACAACCUGGGCGACACUGGUGUGCGACUGCUGUGUGAGGGGCUCAGGCAUCCUGCCUGCCAGCUCACACGCCUGGGGCUGGGCAGCUGUGGCCUCACAUCUGGGUGCUGCCAGGACCUGGCCUCUGUGCUCAGCGCCAGCCCCUUCCUGAUGGAGCUAGACCUGCAGCAGAACAACCUGGGCGACACUGGUGUGCGACUGCUGUGUGAGGGGCUCAGGCAUCCUGCCUGCCAGCUCACACGCCUGGGGCUGGACCAGACGACUCUGAGCGAUGAGAUGAGGCAGGAGCUGAGGGCCCUGGAGCAGAAGAAGCCUCAGCUGCUCAUCUUCAGCAGAUGGAAACCAACUGGGAUGAUCCCUAAUGAGGGCCUGGGUACAGGGGAGACGACUAAUAGCACGUCCUCACGCAAGCGGCAGAGACUCGGAUCAGAAACCGAGUCUUCCCAUGUUGCUCAGGCUGAUUUCAAACUCCUGGACUGGAGCAAUCCUCCUGCCAAGGCCUCCCAAAGUGCUGGGAUUACAGGCAAGAGCCACGGUGCCUGGCCCCUUUCAUCUUUUGAACCAUGUUCCUCUCUCAACCUGCCCACCUGGGCAUGCUGGGAAAAGUGGCACUUCUGUUCCAGUGGGGAAGGGGAGAUGGGCAGAGGCUGGGCUGGAGGCACUGGAGUGGGGCUCCCCAGACAGCAGGCAGGCAGCCAGGGAGCAGGAGCGAAGCUGCAGAACACUCCCUGCCAUGGUCCAGGCAGGCUGGCCUUGGGAAGGGCCCCUUAUAGUAUAACCAUAGGGGCUGGGGGAGGCCAGGUGAGAGAAUCUGGAGCUGACCGCUGCCUUGCUGUUUCAGAGGGAAGCUCCCCAGAGGUAGAACAGUUGGAACCCUUGUGCCUGCCUUCACCUGCCUCUCUAGGGGACCAGGAUACGCCUUUGGGGACUGAUGAUGACUUCUGGGGCCCCAUGGGGCCUGUGGCUACUGAGGUAGUUGACAAAGAAAGGAGCCUGUACCGAGUUCACUUCCCUGUAGCUGGCUCCUACCGCUGGCCCAACACAGGUCUCUGCUUUGUGGUGAGAGAAGCAGUGACCACUGAGAUUGAAUUCUGUGUGUGGGACCAGUUCCUGGGUGAGAUCAACCCACAGCACAGCUGGAUGAUGGCAGGGCCUCUGUUGGACAUCAAGGCUGAGCCCGGAGCCGUGGAAGCUGUGCACCUCCCUCACUUUGUGGCUCUCCAAGGGGGCCAUGUGGACACGUCCCUGUUCCAAGUGGCCCACUUUAAAGAGGAGGGGAUGCUCCUGGAGAAGCCAGCCAGGGUGGAGCUGCAUCACAUAGUUCUGGAAAACCCCAGCUUCUCCCCCUUGGGAGUCCUCCUGAAAGUGAUCCAUAGUACCCUGCGCUUCUUUCCCGUCAACUCCCUGGUGUUGCUUUACCACCGCCUCCAUCCUGAGGAAGUCACCUUCCACCUCUACCUGAUCCCAAGUGACUGCUCCAUUCGGAAGGCCAUAGAUGAUGAAGAAACGAAAUUCCAGUUUGUGCGAAUCCACAAGCCACCCCCGCUGACCCCACUUUAUAUGGGCUGUCGUUACACCGUGUCUGGGUCUGGUUCAGGGGUGCUGGAGAUACUCCCCAAGGAACUGGAGCUCUGCUAUCGAAGCCCUGGAGAAGCCCAGCUGUUCUCGGAGUUCUACGUUGGCCACUUGGGAUCAGGGAUCAGGCUGCAAAUGAAAGACAAGAAAGAUGAGACUCUGGUGUGGGAGGCCUUGGUGAAACCAGCCUUACCUUCACCUCUGGAUGCCCCGGGGUUGCUGCACUUUGUGGACCAGUAUCGAGAGCAGCUGAUAGCCCGAGUGACAUCGGUGGAGGCUGUCUUGGACAAAUUGCAUGGACAGAUGCUGAGCCAGGAGCAGUAUGAGAGGGUGCUGGCUGAGGACACCAGGCCCAGCCAGAUGCGGAAGCUGUUCAGCUUGAGCCAGUCCUGGGACCGGAGGUGCAAAGAUCAACUCUACCAAGCCCUGAAGGAGACCCAUCCUCACCUCAUUAUGGAACUCUGGGAGAAGGGCAGCCAAAAGGGACUCCUGCCACUCAGCAGCUGAAGUAUGAACACCAGCCCUGAGUCCUGGCUCUGCCUGACCCUUCUUUGGGUCUCAGUUUCUUUCUCUGCAAACAAGUUGCCAUCUGAUUUGCCUUCCAGCACUAAAGUAAUGGAACUCUGAUGAUGCCUUUGCUGGGCAUUAUGUGUCUAUGCCAGGGAUGCCACAGGGGGCCCCAGUCCAGGUGGCCUAACAGCAUCUCAGGGAAUGUCCAUCUGGAGCUGGCAAGACCCCCGCAGACCUCAUAGAGCCUCGUCUGGUGGCCACAGCAGCCAAGCCUAGAGCCCUCUGGAGCCAAUCCAGAUGCAAGGAGGAAUAGGAGGCACACGGAACCGUCUGCCUCUGACCGUGUCACAGGGCGAGCCCCAAAACUGCAGUUCAGUGUGGGAGACCACGUGGAUUCUUGGCUUUUUACAGGAAGAUCUACAAGAGCAAGCCAACACAGUAAAGUGGAGGGAAGUUUAUUCAGAAAAUACAGGAGUAUUACAGCUCUUUGAGAAUUUGCCUAGCAGGCUUUCCAUUUUUACCAGAAAACCCCUAUAAAUUAAAUUUUUUUUACUUCUAUUUUUAAAUGUAAGAAUUUAAAAAUAUAUAAAAAAGAAAAAGUGAAAAUAAAGGAAUAAAAAGUU